UCGAGCGGGAGCAGCCGAAAUGAGAGAAGGAUAGGCGUCGAUAAGAAUAGUAGCUACUUAAGGGAGAUAGAGAUGGAGCAUAAAUGUCCCUGAUGUCCCCACCUCGGUGCUCUACAUCCAUCUGCAAUAGUAGCUUAUGAUACACUGCAAUACGUCUACGGUCCUGAGUGCUGUGCUGUCUCCCUCCGUCACGAGAACGGGCGUUACGGAGUCCGAAUAUCUGCCUUAGGAUGUCCGGAAUACUUUAUAAUUCUUCGCGGAUCAAUCCGCACGUCCUAAGACGCCUAACCAUGUUACAGUCCAAGGUAGUUAGGACGUUGUACCAAGGAGGAUCUUCGUCGAAUCUUCGAGCACAUAGAGUUUAUGAUGGAAUUGUACAGCGUCACAAUAACCCUCGCGUGCUUAACCGUUGGAGUAUUCAAUCAAGAUAUAUACAAGCAACAUCGUCGUUAUGGGAGAUAAAAGAUGUCGUAGUGCCCCCGUUUGCUGACAGUAUAAGCGAAGGAGACGUAAGGUGGGAUAAAAAAAUUGGUGAUCAAGUAAAGGAAGAUGAUGUUUUAUGCGAAAUCGAAACUGAUAAGACAUCGAUUCCGGUACCAUCUCCCGUAGCUGGAGUCGUUAAGAGCUUAUUAGUGAAAGAUGGUAAUACCGUUACUCCCGGAAUAAAAUUAUGUACCAUCGAAGUUGGGGCUACCGGCAAUGUAUCGCCAACACCCAAAGCCGAAGCUCCUAAAACUACAGCACCGUCACCUCCUCCCCCCCCUUCACCGACAAAAGCUGCUGCACCACCGCCACCGCCACAACCAGCUCCUACAUCACCACCGCAACCACCACCGUCGUCCCCGGCAUCAGCACCACCACCACCUCAAGCUCCAAAAGCAUCUAUGCCAGUAGCAGCUAUAAAACAUGCUCAGUCUCUGGAAGGUGCAAAAGUGCAAUUACCUCCGCAAGAUUAUUCACGAGAGAUUAUUGGAACUAGAACUGAGCAAAGAGUUAAGAUGAACAGAAUGAGACUUCGUAUUGCUGAACGUUUGAAGGACGCUCAAAAUACUAAUGCAAUGUUAACGACAUUCAAUGAAUUAGAUAUGAGCGCACUUAUAGAUUUUCGUAAGUCAAAGCAAGAGGCCUUCAACAAAAAAUAUGGACUUAAGUUAGGUUUUAUGAGUCCAUUUAUCGCAGCUUCGGCAUAUGCUUUAAAAGAACAACCCGUGGUCAAUGCCGUUAUCGAUGGUACUGAUAUAGUUUAUAGAGAUUAUGUCGAUAUUAGCGUAGCUGUUGCUACACCAAAAGGUUUAGUUGUACCAGUGCUACGAAGCGUAGAAAACAAAAACUUUGCAGAAAUAGAAAUAGCUCUUGCUGCUGUUGGUGACAAAGCUAGAAAAGGCAAAAUAUCGAUCGAGGAUAUGGAUGGUGGAACUUUUACAAUAAGUAAUGGUGGUGUUUUUGGAUCUCUUAUGGGAACUCCCAUAAUUAAUCCACCUCAAAGUGCAAUUCUUGGUAUGCAUGGUGUUUUUGAUAGGCCAGUUGCAGUUAAAGGCCAGGUUGUCAUUAGACCCAUGAUGUACAUUGCAUUAACAUAUGAUCAUCGAUUGAUUGAUGGACGUGAGGCUGUGAUGUUCUUGAGAAAAAUUAAAGAAGCGGUUGAAGAUCCUAGAAUUAUUUUAGCUGGUCUUUAAAAGCUUCUAGAAUAGACAUCUCUUUCAAUGGCUUUAAGCACCCCUU